CCUCCAUAACCCCUCUCUUUCCUCUCUUCCUUUCCCUGCUAUCAUUAUUCUUAAUUUCCCAGUAAACUAUAGAGAUACAAUCUUCUGUAUAUAUUAUACAUAGAACUACGCAUAUUUGGAUUUUAGUUUGAUCGAUGCAAGAGCCGAUCAUGGUCGACAAAGGAGAGGAGGCCCUGGAUUUGCCUCCGGGUUUCAGAUUUCAUCCCACGGACGAGGAGAUCAUCACUUGCUACCUUACGGAGAAGGUCUUGAAUAGCAGUUUCAGUGCAACUGCUAUUGGUGAAGCUGAUCUGAACAAGUGCGAACCUUGGGAUCUCCCUAAGAGAGCGAGGAUGGGGGAGAAAGAGUGGUACUUCUUCUGUCAAAGAGACAGGAAGUAUCCGACGGGGACGAGGACGAAUAGGGCGACGGAUUCUGGGUACUGGAAGGCCACCGGAAAAGAUAAGGAGAUUUACAGAGGCAAAGGGAACCUCGUGGGGAUGAAGAAGACCCUCGUCUUCUACGGAGGGAGAGCUCCUAAAGGCGAGAAGACUGGCUGGGUUAUGCAUGAGUUCCGAUUGGAAGGAAAAUUCGCCGCUUAUAACCUUCCCAAGGCCGCUAAGGAUGAAUGGGUGGUGUGCAAGAUUUUCCACAAGAACACAGACGUCAAAAAGCCCCCUAUUAUUCCUGAGCUUCUAAGGAUCAACUCUUUCGGAGACCAUCUGCCGGAUUUCUCUCCGUCGCUCCCGCCUCUCAUGGAUCCAGCUUGCUUCAGUAACGCCGAACAGCCUGGCUACAGUGGCGGCGAUGGAUUCAAGGUGGCCAACCAGCAGCCGUCAUGGGACGGUUAUUAUCUCUCCAACUUCGCCCGCAACGACCAUCUCAGUAAUCAGACGGCGUUGGUGAAGGCAGAAGAAGACUGCAGAAACUACGAGAUGAUCCCCGCUUAUCCUCCCUCGCAACCUCGGAUAGGAGUCAUCCAGAAUCCCAGUAUGUGCCUUCAGCAGAAUGUUGUGUCAGAUUUCAGGAACAGAGAUGUCGGAGGGGUUGUGAAGAAUGAAAACGUGUCGUGGGGAAUGGAUAAACAGUGCAAUAUGGAGCAUUCGAUGGCGAGUGUGUCGCGGGAUACCGGGCUUAGCAGUGACAGGAACGCCGAAACUUCAUCGGCGGUGUCCGUGAGGCGAGACAUCACCGGAAGGAAUAAGACAGUGUACGAGGAUGAUUUCAUCCAGACUCCAUCACUUGGUCCCCUUCCAGAUUUGGAUUGCCUCUGGGAUGACUACUGACCGCAACAAUACAUACAAAUUGAUCACCACAUCAAGAGAUCCAAGGCCAGUUUGCCCAUUAAUUUGUGGUUUUACUUUUUCUAGCAGAAAUAGUCCUGGUUUUUAUAAUGUCUUCUAUAUAAGCGGAUUGAUUUAGAAGUUCUUGGAUACACAUAUACUGUACAGAUUAUAUAUAUGAUAUCCAAGCCUUGUCUCGGCGUCAUAGAUUUUCGUUCAUAGAACGUAUGCCAAGGGAUUUGAUCGAUGAACACUCAUGUGCAUCCUGUCAUUCUUUUUUUAUGCUAAUUUAGCUUGUGUUCUUUAAUUAAUUUAUUUCGUCUGUUAAUUUAACGAUUAGUUGCUAGCUAUUCCAAAGUUCAACUUGUAAUUUGUGUACAUAUGGAUUGAAUUUUGCUA